CAGACUGAUCGAUCGAUCUGAGGGCCUGAGGCCCCGCCGUCCUUGUAGCAAAUCAACUACAACAGAACUGAACAGAUCCCCUCCAGUCCCCAACAAAAAUUGCUCUACUUUGGCAUCAAUCAUGGCAAGAACACCAAGAAUCUUACAUCUGCUCCUCACCCUUUGCAUCCUCUCCAGCAGCAGCAUCUCCAUCUCCUCAGCUCCCAGCGCGACCGAUGCGUUCCUCGGCUGCCUCGCCGCCGCCGGCAUCCCGCCGCGCCUCCUCCACACCCCGGCGUCCCCGUCCUACGCCGCGCUCCUGCUCUCCUCCGUCCGUAAUCUCCGCUACGUCGCACCGGGCACCACGCGGCCGCUCGCCAUCGUCGCGGCCGCCAAGCCUGCCCACGCGCAGGCCGCCGUGCGCUGUGGCCGCUGCCACGGCGUCCGCGUCCGCGUGCGCAGCGGCGGCCACGAUUACGAGGGCCUCUCCUACGCCUCCCUCGACCGCCGCGAGCGCUUCGCCGUGCUCGACCUCGGCGCGCUCCGCGACGUCCGCAUCGACGCCGCGCGCGCCGAAUCUUGGGCCGGGUCGGGCGCCACGCUCGGAGAGCUCUACUACGCCGUCGGCGCCGCCAGCCGCGCGCUCGCGUUCCCCGCGGGGGUCUGCCCCACCGUCGGCGUCGGCGGACACCUCAGCGGCGGCGGGUUCGGCUCGCUGAUGCGCAGGAACGGCCUCGCCGCCGACAACGUCCUCGACGCCCUCAUCGUGGACGCCGACGGGAGGCUCCUGAACAGAACCACCAUGGGGGAGGACCUCUUCUGGGCCAUCAGGGGCGGCGGCGGGGAGAGCUUCGGCGUCGUGCUGUCCUGGAAGCUGCGGCUCGUGAGCGUGCCGGAGACGGUCACUGUGUUCACAGUCCGCCGGUCAAGAAACCAGUCCGCUACCGAUCUCAUAACCAAGUGGCAAGAAAUCGCGCCCGCGCUGCCCUGGGACCUCAUCCUCCGAGUGGUCGUGCAGAACCAGCACGCGCAGUUCGAGGCCCUGUUCCUCGGCCGGUGCAGUCGCCUCCUACGCCUCAUGCGAGCUCACUUCCCCGAUCUUGGAGUGACCCAACCGGACUGCGAGGAGAUAAGCUGGAUCCAAUCCACCGUCUACUUCGCCUUCUCCUCCAGCUCCAAGCCUCUGGAGCUGCUCCUGGACAGGGGCGAGCCGGACAGGUACGUCAAGGCCAAGUCCGACUACGUGCAAGAACCCAUCCCACGGCACGUGUGGGAGAGAACAUGGUCAUGGCUGGAGAAGCCCGAGGCUGGGCUGCUUAUCCUGGACCCCUACGGUGGCCGGAUGGGCAGCAUCUCGCCGUCGGCGACACCCUUCCCGCACCGGAAGGGGAACCUCUACAACCUCCAGUACUACUCGUUCUGGUUUGAGAAUGGCACAUCGGCAUUGGAGAAGCGCAUGAGCUGGGUCAGGGGACUGUACGAGGAGAUGGAGCCCUUUGUGUCCAAGAACCCAAGAACUGGGUAUGUGAACUACAGGGACCUGGAUCUUGGGACGAACGAAAUGGAGGGCAAUGUCACCAGCUACGCGAAGGCUAGAGUUUGGGGAGAGAAGUAUUUCAAAGGUAACUUUGAGAGGUUGGCAGCUGUGAAGGCCAUGGUGGAUCCUGACGAUUUCUUCAGGAAUGAGCAGAGCAUCCCUCCUCAUCCUGCUGCAAAGGGGUGGAGCUCCGAUUGAUUGGAGCCCUUCUCUUUAGGAAUAUAUAGUGGCUGUGAUGGACUGAUGGUCACUUUCACGGAAUUUCCUCUUUACAACUGUGAAUUGCCAUGGUUGAGAAUUUGUCUCAGUGAAGUAAUAUGUUCUGUUCAGUUCACUAGUUGAAGAACACUGGUCGAGUGUUGUAGGGCGAGAUGAAGAACAUAGGAGAUUAGCGCUGGCGAAGAGGACCUGGUUACGCGGUCACUGUAUUUUUUUUUAUUUCUCAGGGACCAUUAUGUAAUACGAGGGUAUAUAUUUUGUA